AUGGCUGCCGUUGUUGCUGCAUUAAACAGAGUACGAAAAGAAAAAAAUAUCAGGGCGCACAACUUACAUCUCAGUUUCACAGAACUCAGAGAAAGGUACCGCUUUGGCAUGGAUGGGAUUAGAUUUUUAUGUGAAUUAUUGGGCGAAGACAUUUGCAGAACAACCUCCAGGAAUUGCAGUUUGUCCGUUGAGGAGCAAGUGUGUAUAACACUGCGAUACCUUGCCUCCGGUGCAUUUAUGCAAGUUGUAGGUGAUACUUUUGGACGGGACAAGGCAACUGUAAGCCGUGUCAUACAUUGCGUGGCUGACCUCAUCGCCGGCAAGUCAGAAAUAUUCAUUCGAUGGCCUGACCAAGCUGAGCAGGAUAGGACGAAAGCGGCGUUCAGGGAUGUGGCUGGAUUUCCUUGUGUCAUCGGACUCAUUGAUGGAACCCAUGUAAGAGUGAUGAAACCAAGUAAAGAGCAGGAGAGGGGAUUUAUUAACCGUAAGGGUUUUCCAUCAAUCAAUGUGAUGGCAGUUUGUGAUGAAACAGGGAAGUUUAUGUCCAUCAAUGCCAUCUGGCCAGGGUCUGCUCAUGACAGCUCUGUAUUUAAGUCAUCUGCCUUGGGGGUACACCUGGAGACACAGCAUCGCGACCUUGAAGAUGGACAGCGGACACAGAUAGAAAAGCUGCCUAUAACAGAGCACACUGCCGAACUCAUGUCAUUGUGGAAUCCACAUUCGGGAGAUGGAAAAGGCGCUUCAGCAUACUACAUGGCGAGGUUUGAUGUACGACUAGUCCCUGAAAAGGCAUCAAAGAUUAUCAUGGCAUUCGCUGUUCUGCACAACAUCGCGAUUAUUCUUGGGGAACCUGAGGUAGAAGGAGAUGGAGUUGGGCUGGAUGGAAAUGUUGGACAACAGUUCAUCGGACGAGAGACUGGCUUUCACACCAGAGAAUACAUUGUGCAACUAUACUUCUAA